UUGAGGGGUGUGUAUAUUCUAUAUUGUAAUGUGUAUAUUAGCUCCGAUUCCCAGUUGAUUUUCUUCAAUUUUCUCGCCGGAUUUUCCCGGGAAAUCGCUUUCUUCUUUCAGUUUCUAUCUCCUACGCACUGCUAUUCCAUUUGUUUACUUCUUUGGUUCUUAUAUUUGUCCUUCCUCUGUAUUAUUUCAUUUUCUUUGUUCUUUAUUUUUUUUUACUCCGAGGAGUUCAGGAAGAUGGGGUUUCUGAGUACUCUGUUGGGGAUUCUUGGUUUUGGAAUCGGAAUUCCGAUUGGGCUGUUGGUGGGGUUUUAUCUCUUUGUAUAUUCUGUGCCCAGAGAUGUAGAGGAUCCAAUUAUUAGGCCACUUUAUGAGUUUGAUACAAGUGCUUUGCAUGAUCUUCUACCUGAAAUUCCAUUCUGGGUGAAGAAUCCUGAUUAUGAUAGAGUAGAUUGGUUAAACAAGUUUCUUAUGGAUAUGUGGCCUUUCCUUGAUAAGGCAAUUUGUAAAACAAUAAGAACCAUGGCAAAGCCUAUAUUUUCGGAGUACAUUGGGAAGUUUCAGAUACAAGGAAUUGAGUUUGAGAAUCUAAGUCUUGGAACACUACCUCCUACAGUUCAUGGUAUUAAAGUAUAUGAGACUAAUGAGAAGGAGUUAAUCAUGGAACCUGCAAUUAAAUGGGCUGGCAAUCCCAACAUAAUUUUGGUAUUAAAAUUAUUGAAUCUACGAAUCACUGUUCAGCUAGUAGAUUUGCAAAUAUUUGCGGAACCACGGAUAGCUUUGAAACCUCUUGUGCCAACCUUUCCAUGCUUUGCAAACAUAGUAGUAUCUUUGAUGCAUAAGCCACAUGUAGACUUUGGAAUGAAAUUAUUGGGAGGGGAUGUCAUGUCCAUACCUGGGCUUUAUCGAUUUGUACAGGAGACCAUUAAAAAACAAGUUGCAAGCCUCUAUCUCUGGCCUCAGUCUCUUGAAAUACCAAUUCUUGACACUUCGACAUCGGCUGUAAAGAAGCCCGUGGGCAUACUACAUGUUAAUGUUGUUCAGGCAUUCAAACUCUUAAAGAUGGAUAUUCUGGGUACAUCUGAUCCUUAUGUCAAAUUCAGACUAACCGGAGAGAGAUUGCCAGCAAAGAAAACUACUAUAAAGAGGAGGAACUUGAAUCCUCUAUGGAAUGAAAAGUUCAAGCUCAUUGUGAAGGACCCAGAUUCUCAAGUUCUACAGCUAUAUGUCUAUGACUGGGACAAGGUCGGGACACAUGACAGAUUGGGAAUGCAAACAGUUCCUUUGAAAUUGCUAACACCCCAUGAGCCAAGAGAAUUUACACUCGAUUUGCUCAAGAACACAAAUAUUAACGAUCCUCAAAACAAGAAGCGAAGGGGACAACUUGUGGUGGAGCUGACCUUUGUUCCUUUUAAGGAAGACAGUGACGGGUUUAGUGGACCUUUGGAAGGAUACGAGAGGAAGGAGAGUGGAAUUAAUGGGGAAUAUAGUGGUAGUUCCCCGAGUGGAGCAGGAUUGCUAUUGGUUACAAUCCAAGGAGCUGAGGAUGUAGAGGGGGAGCGUCACAACAAUCCUUAUGCUUUAGUCCUUUUUAGAGGGGAACAAAAGAAAACAAAGAUGAUGAGGAAAACUCGAGACCCAAACUGGAAUGAAGAAUUCCAAUUUAUGCUCGAAGAGCCUCCUCUAAGCGACAAAAUACGCAUUGAAGUUAAGAGCAAGCGUGCAGGCAUUGCCUUUCGAUCCAAGGAAUCACUAGGGCAUGUGGAUAUCAAUCUGAUUGAUGUUGUGCACAACGGGCGCAUCAACCAGAAGUUCCAUUUGAUCGAUUCGAAGAACGGAGUGAUACAUGUCGAGAUUCGGUGGAAGACUAUUUGAGAAUGUAGUGCAGAUUUUGAGGACACAGUGAACAGCUUGUAUGCCCAACUAAACUGUCCUUGUCCUUGCUUCUCUAUAUAAAAGAUUACAACACCACAAGCUUGGUUUACAGGAUGAGAAAUAUGAGAGAAAAUGUUCAUGUUUGUUCUCUGUGUUGUGAAAUGUACGGCAAUUAUGAUGAAUAGUGCGGAAAAAUAAAGAGAUAGAUAAAAUAACAAAAACACGUGAAUAUAAUGUGAUUCGAUAGUAUGCAUUCAUCCA